UUGCUCUUGCAAGAUCAGCGAGAGCGCGCGCGCCGCAGUAGUAGCUUCUCCAAGAACCCUAACCCUAGCCACCAAAACCCUAGCAAGGAGAAUAUCCCAAGGAACAAGGAUACGCACAAGCCACGUGUACAUUUUCGAUUGGUUGGAAGCCUUUGCGUCAUCCAUUCGAGAGGAGGAAGAUCAAGGCGCUCGAGGCAGCGGCGAGGGUUGGAUCAAAGAAUCUAUGGCAAUGGCGACCGCCGUGACUGGCACCUCCACCGCAGUGCUCCAGAGACAAUUCCUCGGAUCAGGCCUCCGGAUUCGUCCACAGCACGCGCGCGCGGCUCUCCACACCACAGCCAUAAUCUCGUCCAAGCUCGCCAAGGAGGAGCUGGAGAGUGGAAUUGGCUACAAUGCGCUCGCGGGGGCGGUGUUCGCGGCGCUGGCCAGCGUAGAGUCCGCGAGCGCGGCACAGCAAGCGGUGGCGGAGCUCGCGGCCGGGGCGGACAGCGAUUCCAGGGGAUUGGCGCUGCUCGUCCCUCUCGUCCCGGCGGUGGGAUGGGUGCUCUUCAACAUCCUCCGCCCGGGGCUCAACCAAUUCGAGAGGAUGAAGAACGCCAAGGGGGUGGCGAUUGGAUUGGGCGGCCUGGGCGCCAUGGCAGCACUAGCAGCUUCCACUCCGCCUCACGCCGCCGCCGCCGCCGCCAGGGAGAUCGCCGAGCUCGCGGAGAGCGAUUCCCGGGGCCUGGCCGUGCUGGGCGUUCUCGUCCCAGCGAUCGGAUGGGUGCUCUACAACAUCCUCCGGCCGGCAUUGAAUCAGUUCGAUCGGAUGAAGGCGUCCAAGGGGGUGAUCGGGGCGAUUGGCAUUGGAGCGGCGGCGGCGGCGGCGGGGCUGGGUGGCGCGCCCGAGACGGAGGCCGCGGCGGCGCAGGAGAUCGCGAGCAUCGCCGAGAGCGACAACCGGGGACUGCUGCUGCUGCUGGUGAUUCUUCCCGCGAUUGGAUGGGUGCUCUUCAACAUCUUGAAGCCGGCACUGAACCAGCUCAACAACAUGAAAUCCAAGUGAUCGAUCGAGGCGAAACGAAAGAGAUUUCUUCGAGAGCGUUCGCUUUAAAAAUAUAAACAUGUAUAAAAUAGGGCAUAUGUAACAAAGGAAAAACCCUCCUGAUUGAUA